AUGGAAAACCAACCUUCCCGCAAUAAAACGAAAAGGUACUUUGACACCGCGCCUGAAAAGGACGAAAAGACUCAAAAUAAGAAUGAAAAUGUCAAAGUAUAUACUGUAAAGAGUACUGCAAAGUUACUGAAAAUUCAGAAAUAUAAGGAACAAAAUUUAAAUCGCAGAAAGAAAGCUUUUAUAAAUAACAAUAAAAUAAAAAAGAAUUUUCCCAAUAAAGCUCCAAUUGAUCCCAAAAAAUUGGAACUUCAUUCAAGGGGUGAAGGUUUUACUGGACAAGGGGUAUUGCAUCCGCUUCAUUUAUUGAAAUUAAAGAAAAGAGAAAAGAAAUUCAAAUAUGCUCAAGAGCAGGCUGCAAGAGCUGAUAUUUUAUUGACGGAAGGACAGGGGUAUUUAGAAGUAGAUGAAGAUAACAGAACCACAUCCAUUAACCAAAAAGUAAUAGCUGAUAAUGUAGACAUCACAGCUGCAACUAAAAUAUUUGAAUUAAAUCUUGAUUUUGGUCCAUACAAUGCCAAAUAUUCCCGCAACGGUAGGCAUUUACUUUUGGGUGGUAAAAAAGGACAUUUAGCAGCUUUUGACUGGGUAACAAAGAAACUGCAUUUUGAAAUUAAUGUCAUGGAAUCUAUUCAUGAUAUGAGUUGGCUACAUGUUGAAACUAUGGUUGCAGCAGCUCAAAAAGAAUGGUUAUACAUAUAUGACAAUACAGGAACUGAAAUACACUGUGUUAAAAAAUUAGACAAAAUACUUAAAAUGGAGUUUUUGCCUUAUCAUUUUCUACUAGCUACUGUUAAUGAAUAUGGAUUUAUGUCAUGGCUGGACAUUUCUAUAGGAGAAAUAGUUGGUCAUUAUAAUAAUAAUAUGGGGAGGACAUCAGUUAUGACUCAGAAUCCAUAUAAUGCUACAGUAUGUUUGGGAAAUCCCAAAGGUGUUGUAUCAAUGUGGUCACCAAGCUCAAAAAAGCCAUUGGCAAAAAUUUUGUGCCACAAAACACCAUUAACUGCUGUUGCUGUUGAUAAUAGGGGCAUGUACAUGGCUACAUCAGGUGUUGAUAGGAGCUUAAAAAUCUGGGAUAUAAGAAACUUAGAUGGACCACUACAACAUUAUAAAUUGCGCAGUGCUCCUGUACAUCUUGAAUUUUCCCAAAAAGAAAUGUUAGCUGUUGCAUUAGGAAAUAAUGUGGAAGUGUAUAGUGAUUGUUGUAUAACAACAACAGAGAAACCUUACCUCAGGCACAGAAUGGCAAAAGAAAUAUCUAACUUUAAAUUUUGUCCUUUUGAAGAUGUUUUGGGUAUUGGCACUACUGGGGGAUUCACCAGUAUAAUUGUACCAGGCAGCGGUGAACCUAACUUUGAUGCACUGGAAAGUAAUCCAUUCCAAAAUAAGAAACAAAGGAAGGAGGCAGAAGUCAAGGCAUUGCUUGAAAAGAUACCCGCAGAACUUAUUACUCUUAAUCCAUUUGAAGUUAUGGAAGUAGAUGUGCCAUCAAUGCAGGACAGAAUGGAAGCUCGCAAUAGUCUUUUGUACCUAAAACCAAGAAAUAUUGACUUUACACCAAAACACAAGAAGAAAGGAAAGACUAACAUUGCUAGAAAGAAAAUUAUAAAAGAUGCAGCUCGAAAGAAAUUUAUCAACCAAUCAAUAGAAGCAAAGAAGAUUCUUAAACAACCAGAAGAAGAUAAAAAUUCAAAACCCAAACAAUCAUUUGGAGUUUUGGACAGAUUUGUAUCGAAACCCAAGGUUAAAAAAUAA